UCAACCACAAAACCACCCUUAAAAAACAAACAAACAAAAUGUUUAAAUUCUUCGCUUUGUGCUUGUUGGCUGUUGUUGCUUUGGCUGCUGCUAAACCUGAUAUUGUGGCCUAUUCGUCACCCUACACCACUGCCUAUACUGCUGAUUAUACGGUUCCCUAUGCCUACUCUGCUUACUCAGCCUAUCCUUAUGCUGAAUCUUAUGUGGCUUCUCCUUAUACAGCUGCUUACUCUGCUUAUCCUUAUGCUGAUUCCUACUAUUUGCGCAAGUAGUUUGUUGUUUUAAGGGGAUUUAAGAAUUUUAAUUAUUAUUGUUGUGAUUUUGUUUUUGUUACAAGGUUUUUAUAGAAAAAA